CCAAUUUCUCUUAUGCUCGCAUUAGAAGGCUAAGGAAGCUCCCACUCCUCUCUCUCUCUCUCUCUCUCUCUCUCUCUCUCUCCUCGCUUCUCCGAUCGUCUUCUCCGGCGUCGGCGGCGCUCCUCCACCGCCGAAUCCGCCAUUAACGGCCUCGUGAGGUCCCCUUCUCCCUCCUUAUGCCAUCGCCGAGCCCUCGCGCCCACCUCCCUUCGAUCGACGCUUUUGCAUGAUUGAGGUUGCUUCAUUAGCAAUCGGUUGAUAUUCGGAUAUCGAGAAGCAUGGCUUGCAUUCAGGCCAAUAUUUACAGGCCAAGUUUGGGAUGCGUUGUGAAUGGACAGGGCAAGAGGCUUAGAAGAAUCAGCUCAACAUCUACGCCUUCCUCGCUGCAAGCCUCAUGUUUGUUUCUGUCAGUACUUCACAAUUCACAUCAAAGUAAAGCAUACCCAAGACUGGUCUAUAAUGGACCUCAAUAUAAAAGACUUGCUCCUAUAUGCGCAUUUGGUGGAAAAGGGAAAUCCGAAAGUGAUAAUGAUCCCUUUUCAUUUGAAUCACUGAAGAAAGCUAUGGGAGGAUUUAAGCGUGAGAAGUCGGUACAAGAUCUGCUGAGGGAGCAGAUGCGGGAACGAGAAUACGGUGGGGAUGGUGGUAAUAGAGAUUCUUCUGGUGGUGGUGGUGGUGGGGGUGGGGGUGAUAGUAACGAUGGCUCUGGUGGUUCAGAAGAUGAGGGUUUUGCAGGAAUAUUGGACGAACUGCUGCAAGUUGUUUUGGCUACCACUGGCUUCAUAUUUGUGUACAUCUAUAUGAUCAGAGGCGAGGAAUUAACCAGGCUUGCUAGGGACUACAUCAAGUAUCUCUUCGGCGCCAAGAGCAGCAUGCGGUUGAAGCGUGCCAUGUACAAAUGGCAAAAGUUCUACGAGAGUAUAGUGAGGAAGGAAGAGGUGAGGGAGGAUUGGUUGGAGCGGGCGAUCGUCGCAACGCCGACGUGGUGGCACAACCCUAGGAAACUGGCCCGUCUCAUGGAGUCUAUAUACCAGGAUUACAUGCGGCAAGAAACCAGGCGACAGGAAACCGAAUCUUGAAGUUUCAUCUAUUAGUUUUACAUAUAGAGGUAUCAGCAGCAUAUUAACAUCAUGUUUGGACAAUGUUUUAGUUGGCUUCACUUGACGAGUUUCUUGUUAAGAUAGAGAUUCUUAAGGUGGGUAAUUCGUGCUUCUUUACUUUUUCAUAUAAAUGGUAUUCUUUGUAUUUGAAUGCGGUGUUUGUGUCUUGUGAAUAACACAAGGUAUCCGAAUGUAGCUAAAAUAUUCGGAAGAAGGAGAAAAAGAAAAUCAAGUAUGGUGGUUUCCGUUAGUUGGUUAA